GAACGAAUUGACGGGUGUCCUCAAACGCACUUUCUGUUGAGGAGCUCGCUGGCUUGGGUUCCCCGGUUUGCCCACCUCCAAUCUCGCCCAGCUCCGAUCCCACAACCUUCCCACCGCUCUCGCCCUCUUCGAUGUGGCGUGGUGGAGAACGAACUCGCACACACACGCAGAAGACACCUUUUGUCUUCACCUUUUGGGGUGAUAAUGCUCAGUGGCAUGUCGAUAGAGAACACAACAAGACGCUCCCGUUUCCGGACUGUCGUUGCCCUAAUACACGCAUGCACGUACGCACGCCCUUCUCUCCGUGUGUGAUUUCUCCCAACCGGAGGCUGUUCGCCAAUUACUCAACUGCAUUGUGGACUCGUUGGGCCGCCCGACUCCCGUGAGUAAUUGUGUGAGGCUGCUGUGAACCGUCGACCUGCUCACUUCGGCACACUUAUAGCGGUAUAUUAUGCGGAAGUGGGGACGAAAACUCCCCUGCCCUGGAGGUUGUCUGCCAUCCGCUCCUGGGCAGGUCUCCCCAUAGCAUAGCAUAAUAUUUCCUUGCGGACUCACACACCCUGCAUCCGAGACGGCGCAUGCAAAAGGAAUUAUAUUUCACUGUGGUUUGGAAAAAGAAUUAAAUAGAGUGUGACGUGUCUUGUGCAUACGACACGUGGCGUCCACCGUCGCUCUCUCGAAGCCGUCGCGGUUCUGUUUUCCCGCCUAACGUGGCUGAAAUUUCUUCCCUCCAAAGAAUGGGCAUAUAUAUGAAACGCUCAAGUUUUCAACUCGCGCGCGCAAUCGAGUAGUCGUUCUCUCGCGCUCUGUGCUCAAUUUCCCGCCGACCGACACCCCGCGCGUCACGCGCGCACGCAGCCACGCGCUCGCGCACAGUCAAUUUCGCGCGCAUUUUUCUCUUCGCUCGUCCUUGUCAGGGUUCGCAUCCAUGUUGGGACGGCGUAUCACGUCCUGACAGAGGAGGGGCAGGGGGGCGCGGGGCGAAGGGGAGAGGGGAGGAUUUCGGACAGCGCCGCUUGCUCCGGGUAUCGACCCGGCGGGAGACGACGGGCAACCGCGGCUCCGCAGUUGAGAGCGUAUUUUGACUUGGCGGGCUUGGCGGGGUGUGUUAUUCGGACUCUGCUGCGGCGGUGAUUUGCUUGUGUUUUUUGACACGCGGUCGCUCUCCCAGAUCGCUGGGUAUUUGUAGCGCCGCCUCGUUGAGCCUAUUGGUCGGUCGGUCGGUCGGUCGCCGUUAACAAUGCCUGUCACUCUGAUUCCCGCGCCGUCAGCGUCGUCAUCGUAUCGUGAUCGGACGGCGGAGCUGUUUUCAUUGGCAGAGCGUCUGAAGAAGACACAAGGGGGGCUGGGAGAUGCGGGGACCAGUGCGGCGCCACCCGUGGUUUCCCAGAAUGGAGCACUGCGCGAAGAUGGAGGAGGGUUGCCCAUGGGCGGGACGAGGACAACAGCAAGCGCUCCACUUCUUCCUGCAGGAGGGCAAACAGAAUUUGCGCGGAAAGCGUCGCAAAUCGGUGUGUCAAUUCAUCAGACUUCACAGAAACUUGCGAAGCUAGCAAAGCUUGCAAAGAGAACAUCCAUGUUCGAUGAUCCUGCUGUGGAGAUUCAGGAGCUCACUGCAGUCAUUAAGCAGGACAUUACAGCCUUGAACACGGCUAUAGCAAACCUUCAGGAACUUUCGUCGUCGCGUGAAUCGGGCACUGGCCAGAACAGGCACACGUCUGAACACUCUGCAACCGUGGUUGACAACUUGAAGAGUCGCUUGAUGAGCACGACCAAGGAGUUCAAAGAUGUACUCACCAUGAGAACAGAGAACUUGAAGGUGCACCAGAAUCGAAGACAGCUAUUCUCUGCAUCGUCGCUGGCAACAGAUGCAGGUCCUUUUGGACGAACUCGAGCUGGAAGCUCAGGCAGCUCAGGGAUUGGUGGCGGUGCCACCGCCAGUUUGCCAUGGGGAAAUGGGGCGUCCACGUCAUCUGCAACUCAGCUUUUCUCUAGCACAUCUAGGCGAAGGAGCGGACAAGACUCUCUUCUGCCGACACAAGCACCCUGGGGAGGGGCCUCACAUCAACAACAGCAGCAGCAGAUGAUGGUUCCAGCUCAAGAUGGCUACAUGGCCAGCAGAGCUGAGGCCUUGCAGAAUGUGGAGUCUACGAUUGUUGAACUCAGUAGCAUAUUCCAACAGCUCGCAACUAUGGUGGCCGAGCAAGGCGAGAUGGCUGUAAGAAUCGACGAGAACUUGGAGGACACAUUGGCAAAUGUGGAAGGAGCCCAGGGAGCGCUGCUGAAAUAUCUGAGCCGCAUAUCAUCCAACCGAUGGCUUGUCAUCAAGAUAUUCUUCGUGCUCAUUAUAUUUCUAUUGAUUUUUGUUGUUUUUGUAGCCUGAUUGUCACCGUGAUGAGUCUUUUUGCAGCACAACGGGAUGAUGGAGAGAAGGGGCCACAGAGAUGUGAUGGUCUGAGAUCUUUUAUUUUGCGGUGAUACCAUACCAACUUCAUGGGCAUUUUUUGACCGGUGCAGAAGAUUGUGCUAAAGAUAUGCUAGGCCAGCUUUGACUGCAUAUCAACGUCAGUGUGUGGUAUGCUUGCGCUAUGUGGCGUGCCAGUAUGCAAUGCUGAGGUCCAUAUGCUGUUUGACGGCAGGACCAUCUUCACAAAUGUGCACGUCCCAGGUUGAUGAUGCACGUUGGAGGCAAGGCAACUUGCAUGCGAUAUGAAUUCCGUUGGAGUAUUAUGAUGGCAUUAUUCGUGCUCACCACACUUGUCAGUCCAGCAUUUGACAGUCCUUUCCAAAUCAGUGAUUUCCUCUUUCAUCUUAUGGAGGAAGCUGUGUGUGGUUCUUCGAGCGGUACACCCCAUUCAAAGGUGUCUUCUGCUGGCUGCACCCGUUGCACAUGGGAAGUUGUUUUCUCUGACUUGCAGGCUCAUUCAUCAACGAUAUCAGCAUCGACAUCUUGGAAGUGCAGUGAUGAUGGUGACGAAAACCAUACCUGCUGUCAUUCGGGUGCAAUUCACACCUGGCAUUCGUAAGAGAGGUGCUGUGUGCCUGCUUGGAGCUCUGGCAGGAUGAUGGCUGGUUCUCAGGCAACCAAUGAGUCACAAAGAGAGACGAGUUUGGGAAUUGUGCUAAAGAUUCACCGUGAAUUCGCUGGUGAAAGCUAGCAAGAAGAGGUGAGGUACUUCGUUGUCGUAGUGACAAGUUCAUAUGCUGGCCUCUUGCUUGCCAGUUUACCUUAUUCUGAUUACUAGUAGUCCUGUUUAGUGUACAUUCCUUGUGUUUGAGGCCUCUGGAAGUAUUUAGAUAGAGUACUUUCUGGGGUUUCUGCUUCCUUGCCAGUGCUAUUUAGCAAAGUUCCGCGCAAUGCAGAGCUUCCUACUUAAGCCCUGCAGAGGGCGUCUGUUUCUCUUUUUUCCCUCGACCACUCCCUCUUUCCAGCUGUCUCACUUUUGCAAGGCCAAGCAAGCUUUCCCAGGAGAUGUUGCUUUAUCUGCAAAGAGCUGCCAAAAUGGCAGAAUGCAUUUACCCUUAUUAGGCGCUUUAGCAUCUAUAGUUCUCCCUGUUGCUAUGCAUCAAAAUCCUGACUGCUUCUCACCCUGCACAUCUGCUGUGCAGCUGGUCUCUUUGCUAAAUUUGGACAUUCAACUGGUUCGCUUAUGUCCCUCUGUGCCUAUUCCUGUACUUGCCUGUGCUCUUGAUUCCUCUACUUGUGCGUUCUGUAACGACAGGCUUUGUUGCUGUGAGUGCCGACGACAAUGCCAUUUCAGCCACUUGUGUGGCAGCAAAUAGGGGCACACCGUGGAGCUGGUGAAGAAUGACCGUUCGUCGGCUGUAGCACUGAGAUAGCAUGGGCACAAGUUGCUCUGUAUAUUCCUUACCCUGAUUCGGGGAGGUGUGUAGGGGGAUGGUUUCAGCGCCGGGUAUGUCAUUCUUUUUCCUCUCCGAGCGGCCCGAUGGCUUCACCUAUGUGUUCCUGUGUCUCCUGUAUUAUGUUUUCAUUAUGAUGAGCUUCGUCUUCUCGGGUACGCCGCUGUUGCAUGUUGUUUGAGGCAACAACAAAUAUGGAUUCUGGGAACUCCUGCUAGCGCUGCUGAUAAUUAAUAAACGUCAUUGUAGCACGCAUCGCUUCUCCAUCUCAUGAAGUCCGUGGCAGGGAACGUCCUGGGCCUGGUCGUCACCCCCUGCCCCUGUAUUGGAGGAAUAAUCUGUUCAUUGAGUCCAGGUCCUUGACCUGCUCCAUGCACGCGUAAUGUCGAUGAAAAUUUCCUUGGUUUUCUUUUCUUUGUUGAGUUUUUUGGUUGUGGAAAGCGCAGUGACUUCUCAAAAGUUAAUGGGUGUAUGCAAGUUGUCGAGUGAUUGUGUUGCCACUGCAGACUCGAUGAUGGCAAUUUGAGGAUGAAUUUUGGUACCUGCCAUUGUGGUGGUUUUUCAACAUGGCGAAACUGGCACAACGGAAGGUAUGUGGCCUCUAUGAUGGAUUCUAUUGUAGACACAGCGGUGAUGGUCGUUAGGUAGAUCUUGAGGGAUAUGCAGCUUGUGCUUUUGUAAAUGUGGGUGGAAGUAAUAACUACCAGGGCGCACUGUACGUGCAUGAAUGGAUGCAUGGACGAAGAGAUGGGUACACGCCUGAUGGAUGCAUAGACAAAGGGACGAGUUAUGUUGCAGAUUAUGAUUGUGAAAGGGGCAGCACAGUGACAGUUUUUGUCUGAUUUUUCCGCCAGUGGCCUUGGCCUCUCUGAAUCCUGUUUAUGGCAUGCCAUAAGUGUGAAGUGAAAUAAGCCCUACUGCCAUCAUUUCAGGCCCGAUUGCUUUGUGGAAAGGCGGUUAGGCGGCAGUCUUCAUCAAUAUUCAGGAUCAUUGUUUCAGGGCCUCUGCAUAUCUAAUACUUCUAUGCUACCUGUAUAAUUUUUAUCAGCCACGGGCUGCGUCAGACCCCGUUAUGGCCCUUUUUUCUUCUGUCCGGUCAUGGAUCCGGCGGCUGAGAUUCGCCCUCAGACGCGAAGCUCAGCCGGUCUCUUUGCCGACACCUGGUGGGGUGUCUGGCGGACGAGUGGAUAGUUUGCCUGGGCGAGAAAUGUGUCAGUGAGUGAAGAGAGCUUCUGCGAAUGCCACAAGCGUCAGAGUGUGUCAGGGAUUGUGAGAGAUUGUCAGGGAUCAUCAGGACUGGGGAGGGGAGCCACAGUGGAUGCUGUGGGUUAAUGCAGGUGGUCGUGUGGCCGCUUUGGUUCCGUGAGAAGAAAAUGUGUAGAAACGGUCAAAUCUCACAAGGAAAUGAUGUGAAUGAUUGUCUGUCUGACACUCUCUGACAGCUUCUGAGAACGUUGGUUGCUCUUUGUUGCG